ACGUCACUUCGUAAUAUCUCAUUCUUCAUCAUCCAUCAUCAUCAGCAGUUUCCAACAAUCAGAUCUCAAAUCUCGUUUUUCUCUCAUCGGAAUCUCUUCUUUCCGAUCAGGAUUUAAGGUAGUAGAAGAUGGGUGCAACUACGAAGGAUAUUCAUGCUACAAAUGCCGAGGAAGGGACACUUGAAAUUGGCAUGGAGUAUAGAACUGUAUCUGGAGUUGCUGGACCGUUGGUCAUUCUCGAUAAAGUUAAGGGUCCAAAAUAUCAAGAAAUUGUUAACAUUCGUUUGGGAGAUGGAUCAACAAGGCGUGGUCAAGUUCUGGAGGUUGAUGGGGAGAAAGCUGUCGUUCAGGUCUUUGAAGGAACAUCUGGUAUUGAUAACAAAUAUACAACUGUGCAGUUUACAGGAGAGGUCUUGAAAACUCCUGUCUCACUUGAUAUGCUUGGACGUAUAUUUAAUGGGUCCGGGAAACCCAUUGACAAUGGGCCUCCAGUUUUACCCGAGGCAUACCUGGAUAUUUCUGGUAGUUCUAUCAACCCAAGUGAGAGAACCUAUCCUGAAGAGAUGAUACAAACUGGCAUUUCAACAAUUGAUGUCAUGAACUCAAUUGCUAGAGGACAGAAGAUUCCUCUGUUUUCAGCUGCUGGUCUUCCUCAUAAUGAAAUUGCUGCCCAAAUAUGCAGGCAGGCAGGUCUUGUGAAGCGGUUGGAGAAAACAGAAAAUCUUCUUGAGGUUGAAGAAGAUGACAAUUUCGCCAUUGUAUUUGCAGCCAUGGGAGUGAACAUGGAAACAGCACAGUUUUUCAAGAGGGAUUUUGAGGAAAAUGGAUCAAUGGAAAGAGUCACCCUCUUCUUAAACCUGGCAAACGAUCCUACCAUCGAACGUAUUAUUACUCCUCGUAUUGCUUUGACAACUGCGGAGUAUCUAGCCUAUGAAUGCGGGAAACACGUGUUGGUCAUACUGACCGAUAUGAGUUCAUAUGCCGAUGCUCUUCGUGAGGUAUCUGCUGCCAGAGAGGAAGUGCCUGGAAGGAGAGGGUAUCCUGGGUAUAUGUACACCGAUUUGGCAACAAUUUAUGAGAGAGCUGGACGUAUUGAAGGAAGAACGGGUUCCAUUACUCAGAUUCCAAUUUUGACUAUGCCAAAUGAUGAUAUUACACAUCCCACCCCUGAUCUUACUGGCUAUAUUACUGAGGGGCAGAUAUACAUUGACAGACAACUGCAUAAUAGACAGAUUUACCCUCCCAUCAAUGUGCUCCCUUCAUUGUCUCGUUUGAUGAAGAGUGCCAUUGGUGAAGGGAUGACUCGAAGGGACCAUUCUGAUGUAUCCAACCAGUUAUAUGCCAAUUAUGCCAUUGGGAAGGAUGUUCAAGCAAUGAAGGCUGUGGUUGGUGAGGAGGCUCUCUCUUCAGAAGAUCUGCUAUAUCUGGAAUUCCUGGACAAGUUCGAGAGGAAAUUUGUCGCUCAGGGGGCUUACGAUACACGAAACAUCUACCAAUCACUUGACCUAGCAUGGACUCUCCUCAGAAUCUUCCCCCGUGAGCUUCUCCAUCGUAUCCCAGCAAAGACUCUCGAUCAGUACUAUAAUCGAGAUGCAAGUAACUGAAUUCGAGACCCUUAGAGUUCUUCUUCUUGUGCCAUAUACAUUAUAUAUUCUCGCUUGAAUAUCGAAUAAUGCCUUAAGCAAAAACCGCUAAUGUUGAUCUCAACUAGGUUUUGCUGGACAUCAAUCAUUAUUGUUUAUCUGUUUUGUGUGUAUGUUCCUGAAUUUAUGAGUUCACCUAUUCUUUAC